AUGGUUGAGUGUCGUGGUGCAACAUUCGUAAAGAAUAAGAUCGACGAAAGUACACACCUCAUUACCAUCGCUGAGUGCUACGCAAGCAGCACGCGCACCAUCAGAAUCCAGGAGGCUAUUAAAGGCUCUACUUGCGAGAUUGUCUCAAUUGACUGGUUAUUGGGAUCAAUCAGCGAGGAACAAUAUCUGGAUGCUGAAGAGUUCUCGAUCGAGAGGCGUUUAAGGCGCUCUGUAUCUGCCGCGAGUGAAUCAACUUCCCAAUCCCACAGGACACGCAAGACCAGAUCAGCGUCAGGUCGCAGCGAUGACGAGACCACGAAACAAAAGACCAGAUCUGUCUCAAGAUCAAUUGAGAACGUUGGCGAGUCCACAGAGCUAGUUAUUGCCAAGAUUCUGGCCAAUCUCUCGUCAGUCUCGGCUAUGGUAGACAAAGCAAGCCACAAGGCAGAAGAGGCUAAGGGAUAA